AUGUUUUUAACAGCAGCUCAGACCAUACUCGGAUCACCUGGGUUGCAGAUUUUCCCAAGCUCUUCUGGAAGAAUCAUUGAAUCACAAGAUGUCAAUCAGGAAUUGGACAGCCAGUCUUCAGCAUCUGCUGUGAAUCGAAGAUAUGUUUUGCCAAGUGGAAAAAUCAUGCCAAACACUAUUUUUGUUGGUGGAAUUGAUUUUGAGAUGGGUGAGGAUGAAAUGCGAAACUUCUUUACGAAGUAUGGUGCUGUGAAGCAAGUUAAAAUAAUCAGUGAUGGAGGUGGUGUUUCAAGAGGAUAUGGUUUUGUUUCAUUUCACAAUGAUGUGGAUGUACAGAAGAUUAUUUCAGAAUCUCAGAUUAACUUCAAGGGGAAGAAGUUGAAGAUCGGACCGGCAAUCAGGAAGCACCAAGACUCGUAUCCAAUUCAUUUGGUCCAGGCAAGAUCAGCUCCCAUUAUUACAUCACCACCUUCCUGUGUGUGCCAAAACACAGACACCUAUUUUCAUUCUCCUACAUUUCCUGGGUCAGCUCUUCAGUAUGUACAGACCUAUUCGUAUCCCAGUUCUCAGACAGUACCACAAAUUCAAGUGGGUUAUUCACAUCCCAUGUAUAAUUAUCAGGCAGCGACGCAGUGGUCACCAGGUGGUCAAUGGAGAUGGAUGAUGCCUCAGCCUACCACAGGGGGAUAUGCAAACUUUCCCUGUUCUGAAAUGAUUAAUCCAGGAACUGUAUUUGUGCAGAGGGAAUGUGAUGUACAACAAACUUCAACAUCACCGCCAGACACUGUAGAAAAGAAGUACGUUGAUCGUGGAGUGCAGACGCAGUCAUGGACAUAUUUGCCAAUGAAUAGGCACAGAUCCCAACGUCAAGCAUCAGAUGAUUACAUAAAGGGGAAGAGAGUACACAGGUUUACAGUUUAGAAGCAGUCUCAGUGUCUGAAGUGAAGUGACUGGUCCUGUUUAUAGGAUGGAUGAAGCUGAUCUUUGCUAAUGUCUAUACUGUUGAUCCUUAAAACUGGGCUAAGUUAUUUAUGUUGGUUUUGUCGUAAGCACUUUUGAUCAUGUAAAACAAAUCCAUUUUCUUACUGGAAGCAUUAUGUAAAAUCACAAUUGUAUCUAUAUCGACUGUAUACCCUUUUUAUAUUUCUGAUUUCAAUUUCUAUUGUACAAACUUGGUUAUUAUGUCCCAGGGUUAUAAUUUAUCUUGUAGGUUUCUUUGGAAUUGCCUUUUCGUGAAGUUUAGAUGGUUAUGACCUGUGAUCUAUGAGUUUAAGUUUGACUUUUUUGACAGAAUUGAAUUCUGAAUAAAAUAAGAUGUAUGGUCAUUAACAGAAAUGGCAACAUUACCUUGAUGGUAAUACCAUCAAAUUUCAGGAGAGCAUAAUUAUUUUUCAUUCUAAGAGUAAAACUUACUUGUUUAAUUAAAGUACCCAUUUGACCAAACCUUUACAAAUUGCAUAAAAUACUGAAGAAACAAUCAGCAUAUGUGAAGAAAUGAACAAUUUAUUUCUUUAAAGUAUAUUGUAUGGCUUCCAAAGAGAAUAUUGUGAUAUUGACUUACUCAUAAGCAACAUUCUAUUUUAAAAAUAUUAAUGCAGCUGCAAAAGACCAAGUGAACCAUUACCAUAAAUCUGGAGAAAGAUUUUAUUAUCAUAUCAGAGGAUGUCACAUGGUAGAUGAAUUUCAAUAUGUAAUUACGAAUAUUCAAUGUACUGCUCCAAAUAUUGAGAUUUCACUAUUGGCAUUGUAAUUUUGUAUUUUAUAUCCAGGCCCUCUUACACAUGAGACACAACUUUUCAUAUAUUAUAGGACUAAGGACUCAAUCACUUGUGCCUUCAUUUAAAAGCUCAGUUCUAACCUAAAAUCUUUUUAGCACAUACUUUCCCUUUCACCAAAAUAAUUGAUUUGUGACCUACAGUAACUUAACGGAUCUAUUUUUAAUAUUUUGAAUUUUAAUUUAGUCACUAAUAAUGGCUUUGAAAGCAAAUAAAACUUGACAAUGCAAGCAACUUUUAUUUUACAAAAUGUGACAAUAUUUAGCUGCCAUCACUAUUAUGUUUGAUCUGAUAUUGUUUACUUUUUAAAUUUCUUAUUACCUAAGUAUUUUAGAGCCUGGACAGUUUUUCUCCAUAAAUUUGAUUGCUUUGUGCUUCCUGAAGUGCUUGGGAACAUUAAGAAAUUUAACAUGCUGAAUGCUAUCUUAUACAGGCUUUAACUUGAUUGAACUAUAAACUAUUCCUGAAGUUCUUGAUUUUAAAUAAAACUCCAUGCCUCUUAAUCAUCUUUAUCAAGUAUUAUUUACUUGGCUUUACUUUCCUUUAAAGCAGCCAUUUGGAAGAAUACACCUUAGAUAAAAUAGUCUAUCUGCUGCAUGUACAAAUAUUGGAGCUUCCUGCAUUGAAAAAUAAAGGUUAAUUGGCACUCUUCAUAAAGUGUGUUUUAAUAAUGCAAGACCUUAUUUGGUAACCUGGCAUCAACUUGGGUUUGUGAUUAAUACUGUAACACUAAUGCAAAAUCUAUUUUUGUGUACAGAAUGACAAAUCCAAUUUUAACUUUCAAUAGGGAUCAUACUUUCCAGAGUUUAGCAGAGUCAGUACUUCCUUCAAGUUGUCUGGUAUCAAAUCAGUGGAAAAAUGUAAACUCAGAUUUAAAAAAAAAUUCUUGAGCUGUGUUGGUGGUGAAACUUAAAGCAUUUUGUUUAAAUCUGUAAAAAUCUAACAUAUUGGUAGAAACAAGCUGUCGUGAAAAUGAAAAAUUUCUUUGUAAGUUGUAGAUGUGUGAAGCUUUAACUUUUGAAUUUCUUGUCAGUGAUUUAAAAUAUAGAAUACUUUGCUGAAUGCCUUAAAGUCUCACUUUCACGUAUCAUAAUUUGUAAAUGUAAACACUUGCUGAUUUUAUACUAAACUGUUGAACACUGUAAAAUAUUGUUUUGCUUAAAUUUAUGUGUGGUUCAGUAUGCAUUCCUGUCCUUUGUUUUUUGAUCUAUUGUAGUUUGAAGUAAUCUGCAGUAAAGAUUAA